GAGCCGGAGGCAUUUCGAAAAUCACCUCUUUACCGACUCUUAAACACUAAUGACAACGAGAACGAGAUGGCCAUGGUUGUCAUGGGUCCAGGGCCAUGGACAUUUCAUCAUGCACUGCAGCUUCCUCAACACUGCUUCCUCAUUAAUUUCUCCAAUCGGAACAGAAAGAGCAAUGUCACUGUCAAUCACAUACUUAAGAUUUCCCUUCGUGUAGAGCGUGGUGAUGACGAGGCGAUGGACCCACUGACAAAGAAGCUGAAGCUAUUUGACAUCCUCAUACAAAUGCCUGUGCGCAACUUAUCUGUAAGUUCUUUGCGUAUAUUCCAUUUCAGUACACCUUUUUGA